AUUACUUUUCUAUCGCUUGUUCGAUUCGAGAGUCCGAUGCCCAACUCUCCUUCUCCUCGACUCAACGUCUUCCACUUACACUGCACCCUGAACUCCCCACCAUCAUCAUCAUCCAUUUCUCUCUCUCUCUCUCUCUCUGGCCAGCCAGUUGCAGGCAGAUUUGCAGUGCAGACGCCGGCUCCGGUCCGUGAUAUAUCCAUCUCUCCCCAGAUCAGCUAAGUUCUUCCUGAAAGUUAAAAAAGGUCCAUGAAGUCUCUCCGCCUAAUCCUUCCUCAGUCCAACUCGGAGCUCGGGGGAUGGACGCCGUCCGGGAGCAACCCGAUCAGGAGGAGCAAGACGCCCGGGAAGCUGCUGGGGACGGCCCUCCUGAGGACGCAGCCGUUCCCAGUGGCGGCAUCCAUGCCGAACUCUAUCGCUGGCCAUCCUAAGGAGGCAGCCUCUACUCUCUCUUCCUCGACCACCAGUCAUCGUGAUUGUGAUCAUGGAGAUCCUCCUCCUCCUGCGUCAGCUGCGACGCCGGACCCCCAAGCCGACUCGUCGGCCGACCGCUCUGCUGCUGCUGUGGAUGCAAAUGGUUUGGAGGAGGAAAUCGAGAAGGUGAUUUAUCGGUGCCGGUUCAUGACAUUUCUUGGCAUAGCUGGUUCUUUGAUGGGAUCCAUCCUCUGCUUCCUCAAGGGUUGUGUAUACGUGAUAAAUUCCUUUGCAGACUAUUUCAUAAGUGGUGGGAGAGCUAUUUUCAUGCUAGUUGAAGCUAUUGAUACCUAUCUUAUAGGAACAGUAAUGCUUGUCUUUGGAAUGGGUCUCUAUGAGCUGUUCAUCAGCAAUUUCGACGUUGCAAAAACAACAUCCUACGGAUCAAACCUCCUUGGCUUGUUCAAACUUCAGGAACGACCGAAGUGGCUAGAAAUACAAUCUGUCAAUGAGUUGAAGACAAAGGUGGGGCAUGUCAUAGUGAUGGCCCUAUUGGUUGGGUUGUUUGAUAAGAGCAAGAAAGUGACAAUAUCUACCCCCAACGACCUUUUCUGCUUUGCUGCUUCUAUCCUCCUUUCUUCAAGUUGCCUUUAUCUUCUGUCAAAGCUUCACGUCUCCAAAUGAAAUGAAGAUGCCUGAUCCACCGCUGAGCUUGCGGACCGGUUCCAACCAAUAAUUCCUCUUGAAAUAGGAAGUUAUGUGCAUUAGUAAGGAACCGAGCAUGGCUUCACAAAAAGGCAAAGCUGCAACAUAAGAUUGGCAUAUUUCAACCAGCUUUGUGUGCUUCAGAUGUAACUCUUUUGGUGGUAUAUAUAGCUCUUCCGAUACAUAUUUAAAAUGAUAAAAAUAAUGCUUUUAUGAUUGCAGUUUCAUGCAGCAAAAUUUGUGCAUGUGCCUCGCAAAUCAUAAAUAUGAACAAAAGAACAAACUGAAACAUAUGGCCUACAAGUUCUGGAUAAGAAUUAGUAUUGGUGGUAAUGGAAGCAAAAUAGAAUACUCAGUCAGUCUUUU